UGAGGCGCGCGACGUAAACAAACUUCAUGCGGCGGGAAUGUGGACGCGUUUUCCCUGAAGUUCCCCGGUUUUCCUGCCGAAACAUGAUCCCUGCCGCCGCUUCUCGCUGGAUUCGGAAGGAGAACCAGCCGGUGUUCAACGUCAUGUGGAAGUGCGUCGUGUCCGGCUGUGCGAGCCGCAUGGGGACCGUGAACCGGGGCGCGUUGAAGCGAGGACCGAAACGGUUCUUCAGGUUCCCCACAUCUCCGGACCGAGUCAAGGUAUGGCUGGCGGCGUUGAGGGAAACCGAUAAGGAUCCGUCUGAGCAGCAUUUCAUCUGUGAGGAUCACUUCCUGCCGGAGGAUAUUUCAGGAAACGACGUUCGGAGCGACGCCAUUCCCAUCAUGCCUCCUUAUCUGGACGGGCCGCAGUUCCCGACCGGCGCCGAUCCGUUACUGGAAGAGGACCAGUGGGCGACCGGCGGCUGGGGUGAUGAAGAGGAGGAGGACGAAGAUGAAGCAGCAGAUCAGAACCCAAACAGACCUGCUCAGAAUCCGUCAGAACCUGAUGUGAAGAGUGAAUUCUGUCCUCGGGAUGAAACAACAGACUGGUUCAUCAGAGAAGGUACUCCUCUGACCCGGCUCACGCGGGGUUUCCUCCAGCUGCUCAUGGUCGACCCAGACGCCUCGCUGGGCAUCAGGGAGGCGGCGGAGAAGCUCCAGACCCACACGCACCGAGUCCGGAGCGUCGUGGACGUCCUGCAGGGUGUCGGACUCGUCCAGAGCGACUCGGAUGAGCGGGUCCGGUGGAUAGGAAGUAGCCCCAUCUUCAGCUUCCUGUGGAGAGACACUUUGACCUUCCUGACGAUGCUGCAGGGGCUGAAGGUCAUGGAGGAGGAAGUGGACCGUCUCUUUAAAUCCUGCGCUCAGCAGCUCUUCGACCUCACUGAGGAUGAGGAGAACUCUUCGCUGGCCUACGUCCGCUGCGAUGACAUCUGUCGCCUUGGAGACCUGCAGCAUCAGACGGUGAUGGUCAUCAGAUCUCCUCCAGAAACGAAGCUGAUCAUUCCUCCUCCUGACGAGGAUGGGAUUCGGAUGCAGCUGAAGUCGGAAAACGGUCCCAUCGUGGCACUGACCUGUGACAUGGGAACUGUGACCUCUGAACUCACAAACAGCAGUGUGACCUUCUCGGCGCUGGAGAGUCGCGUCAGGGCGUGUACGAUUGAUGAAGUGGUGAACAAGAAGAUGAAGAUCUAGGAAGAGGAUGAAGAUUUUGUCAGCAG